CUGCAACUAGUAGUCUCUCUCUCUCUCUCUCUCUCUCUCUCUCUCUCUCUCUGUAUAAGGGGUAAACAUGGCGAGCAGUGAGCCGGAGCGCAGAGGUGAGGAAGAAUGCGCUGCAGCAGGCGAAGACGAAGACACAGGAGCGCAGAUCGCUCCGAUCGUUAGGUUGGAGGAGGUCGCCAUCACCACCGGUGAGGAAGAAGAAGACGUCCUCCUCGAUCUGAAAGCAAAGCUCUAUCGAUUCGACAAGCAAGGGAACCAAUGGAAAGAGCGUGGAGUUGGGACAGUGAAGCUUCUUAAACAUAAAGAGAAUGGGAAGGCUAGGUUGGUUAUGCGACAGGCCAAGACACUCAAGAUCUGUGCAAACCAUCUAGUUCUUCCCGCAAUCUCGAUACAGGAGCAUGCAGGGAAUGAUAAGUCGUGUGUCUGGCAUGCAUCUGAUUUCUCCGAUGGGGAAUUGAAGGAGGAGCUCUUCUGUAUUCGUUUUGGAUCCACUGAAAACUGUAGAAGUUUCAUGGAAAUGGUUGAAGAGAUUGCUCAAUCCCAAGAGAAGAAAGAGGAAAACAAAGAGGCUACCUCUGCUGCUGGACUCCUCGAGAAGCUUAGUGUCGGGGAGAGCAAAACUGAGGAGGAGAAGAAGGCAGGGGAAGAGACGAAGGAAGCUGAGGAGAAGGAAGCUGAAAACGUGCAGGCAAAACCAGAGCCUGAAAAGAAAGAGGAAAAAGAGCCUCCCGCAGCUUAGACAUGGGUGAUUGGUGUUCGUUCUCCUUGUUGGGAUAUGCAUAUUUCCAUCUACAUGAGAAUGUGUGGCAAAUUGAUUCGAUGUGAAUUGGAUUGGGAACUCUGGAAGCAGUGUUGAAUAGUCGGAGUGCUAUGAUAAGCUUGUCAGUCCAUUGACACAGUUGUAUGAUAUCUUCAUUUGGAUUCUGCCCCGCAAUUUUCAGAAUGGACGAGUCUUUCUGACCCUCACCGGAGUUAUAUGAUAUCUUCAUUUGGUUUCUGCGUGGCAGUUUUCUCAAGGGUCCAGGACUAUUACUUGAAUUGAUGAUUUAGUGCAUUGUUAAUUGUUUUUGGUUUAUUUGGUAUGGGUUCUCUCAGAUUGUGAUAUUUUGUAAUCUUCUUCAGUUUUGGUGUUGUUGGUUGCCUAAACAGUUAUGUUGGAGUGUUUCAAUAGUUUGGUGCAUGAUUUUGAGUGAUUGCUGGA